AUGCAAAAACCAGAGUAUGAGUUUUCCUUUGAGAUGGAUGAAGAAACCAAUGUGAAAAAACAACAUCAUAUCCAGGAAGGGACUGAACCAUGGGAAGACAGUUUGGAUUUGGUAGGAGAGAGCAACUUGGGAAAUGCCAUCAUCUCAUCCUAUGAGAUGUCAGCCCCGUCUGACACAGAAACACAACUGUACCCUGCCAGCAUGCAGAAGCAGAGUGUAAGGGGUCACCCACAUCUUCUGAAAGUUCCUUCAGAGGAAAAUGAUGAGGAAGACAACAUACCUUGCCAAUUUGUCAGAUAUGCUCCAGGAAGGAUUUCUACUUCUCCCUCCCUGAGGAGACUGAGGAAAAGUGCACUGUCAGUAUCUCAAAUAUUUGCACUCCAGGGUGGCACUGAAAACCCAAGGUUGGACAACCAAUCUGAGUCUUAUCUUCCUAUUUGCCAAAGUCCACCUCCAUUUUCUGACAACUUCUUUUUCUCAGAAGCCUUCAUGCACACACAUUCCUUGUCACAGAGAGAAAACUCUGCUUCCAUGGACACCACACCAAUCCUACCACGUCAUGAAGAAAAUGAUCAUAGUGGUGAUCAGCCUUUGCAGAAUGCUGUGUCAAUCAGCUCUUCUUCUGAGGGAGAACAGAAUUCUCAGGAAUGUAUUCAGAAAUUAGAUUCCAAUAAGGCAAGUCUGUAUAACUCUGCAGAGCGCAGACAUAGCUCAGUGGUGGUGAGUCUGCCUGGACUCGAGGUGUUCCCAGGAGACCUGCUGAUAUCAGACAGUGCAGCAGAAUUCCUUUAUCAUUCAACAUCACUGCAAAGUGCAGGUAUAUUAACUCUGUGGUUUAGUAGAGACAGACAUAAAGAAGCAUUAGACCUGGAAAACUGUUUGUCUACUGUAACCAUCAAGACCUCGGAGUACAGCAGCUAUGAAUUUCACAGUGUUAAGGAUAAAGGCUGGCAUGAAAUAAUGAUGCUGUAUCAAGUUGAACCAAAAGCCAAUGAAGAUCAGAUAGACACAAAGAAGAAAGAAGCAGUAUGGGAGCUCUUCACAACUGAAUGCACAUAUUUUCUUGACCAUCUACUGGUUCUUAGAAUGGUUUUUAUGAAUACAUUAAAGUACCUGCAAAGCAAGGAAUUCCUGUCAGAUGUGAUUCCAAGGCUACUUUUUGCAAACUUGGAAGAGUUAAACCAGGUAAGCCUUGGUUUUGCGACCAGUUUCUUUAAUGUUAUAAAGGAUCACCUUGUCAAGCCUACGUCCUCCUUAGAGUUCAUCUCUGUGCUUACAAAGUAUUUCCAAGGGAAUCUGUGUCAGUGUCUCCAGAUAUACUGUCUUAAUUACACCUCCACAGUCUUUUACUUGGAAAAGCUGAAGAAAAGAGAAGAUUUCGGGACCUAUUUGAAAUGGUGUGAACAAAACAAACAAUGCAAACGACGGCAUCUGUCAGAACUGCUGGUUGCACCUUUGCACAGAUUGACUCGCUAUCCCCUUCUCCUGGAGAACAUCUGGAAAAAGGCUGGUCCAGAGGAGAGAGCAGUCAUUUGUUCAAUUAAGGCGAAGGUGGAAAAAUCUAUAAGGGACUUGGAAGGUAAAGUGAAAUGGCUGGAUAAUUUCCAGAAAUUCAAACAGCUUCAGGAAAUUAUAAUUUGGCCUCCACUUUGGGAUCAAGCUAAAAGAUUUUUUGUUCCUGAGAGUCUUAAAUUCAUAUUAAGGGACAACCCAAAAGAAAGCAUCUUGUCGCCUACAAAGAGAUACCUUCUUCACGAAGGGAGAUUAACUCUUGCAGAACAUACAAGACUCAUUGACAUCUACUUGUUUUUAUUCGACGAUUUGCUUUUGAUUACAAAACUUAACCGGCACAAAAAGAAAUCUGCAUGUUCCAACAUGAGUUUAAUACCUGUCUGCCCUUUCUUCACACCCGAGUUGCAAUCUUUGCUUGAAGAAGGUGGUUCUUGCACAGUGCUGAACCAGCCUAUUCCAUUAGACAGGCUGAUUGUAAAAAACAUUGAUUCAGUCCACGUAACAGUUUUAGGACUACGAAACACUUUUCUAAUACAGCAAGAAAACCAGUAUCAACAGUGCAUAGCAGCUUUCUUAAUACAAGCACAGUCUGAGUCAGUCAAGAAAACAUGGAUGUCACAGAUGGAGACUGCGAUGUCAGAUUAUGCAAAGAGACACACAACCCCCCAAAACUCAUUUUUAAGCUUACCAGCUGAAUCAACUGAAAUUUAA